AUGAAGCUUGCUCUUCCCCUUUCUGCCCUCGCGGCCGUGAACGCUGCCCUAGGAGCCACGCUCCCGGGUAGCAAGAGCGGCCCUCAGUUCGACAAGGGGCAACCCAUUGACGGCAACGGGAAAGGGGCUCCCCUUUUGGGCGGAACGGACCAGCAGAUCGACAUUUCCAAUCCCGACAACCUUGGACGGCAGUCUACGGAUAGUGGGAUCGUUCCCAACCUCAAGUGGCGCUUCUCUGACUCGAAGACGAGGCUCUUCAAAGGCGGGUGGCUCCGUGAGCAAGUCAUUCAAGACCUUCCCCAGAGCCAUGACAUCUCGGCGGCGCAGCAGCAUCUUUCCAAGGGCGCCAUCCGCGAGCUGCAUUGGCAUCGUGUAGCUGAAUGGGGCUUUGUGUAUGCUGGUUCCGUUCUCAUCUCGGCCGUCGACGAAUUUGGGAAAUACCAGGUUGAGACUCUCAACUUCGGCGACAUUUGGUACUUCCCCAAGGGUGUCGCACAUACCGUGCAGGGCUUAGGUGAUGAGAAUGAGUUCCUGCUGGUGUUUGACGAUGCGGAUUUUGAUAAAGUCGGUACCACCUUCAACAUCGACGACUGGGUUGCGCACACACCUCGUGAUGUUGUGGCCAAGAACUUCGGUCUUGACCCUUCCGUGUUCGAUCACGUCCCCGUACCAAACCCCAACAUUUUCAACGGCACCGUCAGCACCAAAAACGUGACCGCGGACCCAGAUGAUGUGCUGACUGGCGACGCUUCCUUUGUGUACCGAACCCUGCAACACGAACCCGAGGCCGUGCCUGGCAAGGGGGGUCAGUUCUACAAGAUCGACUCGACCAACUUCCCCGCCAGCAAAACGCUUGCGGCCACCUUCGUGACACUCAAGCCGGGCGGCCUCCGGGAGCUGCAUUGGCACCCCAACGCGGAGGAAUGGUUGUACUUUCAUAAGGGCUCGGCCCGUGCUACCGUCUUCAUCGGCAACGCUGCGUCGCGCACCUUUGACUUCAGCGCCGGCGACACUGCAGCCUUCCCUGACAACUCCGGGUAA